AUGUCUCUCGCUGAUUAUUUAGCGAAGAACUAUCUCACAGCAGACUCGGAGAAGAAAUCUAAGAAGCGCAAAAGAAAGGAUAAGAAUAGUGGCCUCACAAUAAACGACGAUGACAAUCUUGGCUGGAAGAAUGAGGCCGACGAAGACGAUGAGGAUGCGCCCAUGAUCAUGGGAGGUGCAGGCCUCAAGAAAUCCAAGAAGAAGUCCAAAGGAGCCAGCGCCGCAUCAUGGGCCACAGUGGGAGUCGCAGCACCUUCGCACGCAGCUCAACUCGCCGCCGAUCAAGCCGCCGCCGAUGCGAUUAUAGAGUCAACCGCUGCCGAUCGUAAACAAGCUGCGGACGCCGAAGACGAAGCGCCUGAAAUGGUGGAUGCAGAAGGGGUUUUGAGACUGGAGUCUGGCGCAAGAGCUGGUCUACAAACAGCAGCUCAGGUAGCCGCAGAUAUGAAGGAACGACAAGAUGCAGAGCAGCGGAAAGCAGAGCAGGCUACAAAAGAGCUGGGUGCUGCAGCACAAGAGACCAUCUACAGAGAUGCAAGCGGUCGCAUUAUCAACGUUGCGAUGAAACGUGCAGAAGCACGGAAAAAGGCAGAAGAAGAAGAACGCAAGAAGAUAGAGAAAGAGAGAGAGGCUCGAGGCGACGUACAGAAUGCUGCGGCAGCAAAGAGGAAACAGUUACUUCAAGAUGCAAAGACAAUGACCGUUGCACGGUACGCCGACGAUGCAGAACUCAACGAUGAGAUGAAGGAGCGAGGGCACUGGAAUGACCCCGCAGCUGGAUUCUUGCGCAAGAAGAAGGCUGGGCGCAGUGUCACAGGUAAGCCGCUAUACACAGGCGCUUUUCAACCAAACCGAUACGGUAUCCGUCCUGGCCAUCGAUGGGACGGCGUGGACAGAGGCAAUGGCUUUGAGAGCGAAUGGUUCAAGUCGAGGAACCGUAAAGCCAACAUCGAAAAGCUUGAGUACCAGUGGCAGCAGGAUGAGUAA